ACACAUUUAUACAGGAAUAGAAUUGGGUUAAGCGUGAAGUGCACGUGUAUGCAAAAUGUAACCGAGAUGUGUUGAAAUAUUCUUGUAUUAUUCUAUAUAUGGUGAUCGGUACUUAUAUAAAGCUUAGUGUAAUUUGAAACUUCGUGUGAAGGAUCUUAAUCUCCCAGGGCAGCCAUGUCGGAGGAAAUGGAAGGCGGUAUGACACCGUGGCUGUUCUUCAGCGUGGGUGUGUGUGUGUUCGGCAAUUCCUUUCUAUAUGGUUACAACAUUGGAGCCGUCAACUCUCCAGCCAGGUUGAUCAAAGCCUUCUACAGCCAAAUCUACUUGGCUAGAGAUGGAAAAGAAACCAUUUAUAACUUUACAGACAGGAGUCUUUAUUAUGUAGAGUUGCCUAGCGACAGUAACUACCAUAAUAACAUGAGUGACGUCACACAUGAUGUAAUGUACACAUCCACUAUGGCAACUGAUGUACAUUCUAACGUAACUGUAAGGCCAGCAUUACUUGCCAGAACUGAAGAAGAGAUUGAAGGGGACAAUUACAUCGAACUGAUGUGGUCAAUAACGGUUGCGUUGUUUGUAUUCUUUGGAAUGAUUGGAGCCUUCGCAUCUGGACGGAUCGCGGACUACUUUGGAAGAAAAAAGGGGUUGAUCAUGAUAGCGUUCCUCCAAAUCUUGGCGGGGAUCACAGGAGGAAUUCCUACGCUUGCGAGGUCGCCGGAAUGUUUGCUUAUCUCUAGAAUUCUCGUCGGGCUACAUAGCGGUAUCAACAUCAGUCUGGCCUCCCUGUACCUGGCGGAAGUAGCUCCCAGAAAGAUCCGAGGGGCGAUAGGCACCUGUCAUCAGCUGUUUAUAACUGUUGGGAUUAUGUUCUCCAUGGUGCUUGGCCUUCCGGAACUAUUAGGCACGUGGAGGUUAUGGCCAAUCGUGUUCGCGUUCAAUGCGGUCCCCUCCAUCGUCUGUCUGAUACUGUUCCCACUGUGUCCAGAGAGUCCCCGGUAUCUGCUCAUCAAGAAGAACGACGAGGAUGGCGCACGGAAAGCGCUGGUCAAGCUACGCGGGUUCGAAGACGUAAACGUGGAAAUGGAGGAGAUGAGACAAGAAGCACGCCGUGCAACGUCCGUCAAGAUGUUCACACUGAAAGAGCUGUUGACCACCCCGGAGCUGAAAUUACCGAUCAUCAUUGCCUGCUUCCUUCAACUGGCACAACAGUGGUCAGGCAUCAACGCUGCGAUGUCGUAUUCAACAUUCAUCUUCUCCCAGGCAAGCGUGCCAGAAAACAUCAUUCCGUACGUCAUCGUUGGUCAGGGUGCCAUCAACGUCAUCAGCUCCAUAUUCGCCGUCCCCCUGAUGGAAAAGCUAGGACGUCGACCGUUGCUCAUAUUCCCAAUGGGAAUGAUGGUGGCCUCGUUUGUAGUACUUUCUGUCUGUCUCAACCUGCUGCAAUCAGGAAAUUACGAGGAACAGAGGAUGACACUUGCAAUCAUUUGCAUAGUCGUAGUUCAUACAUACGUCAUUGGAUUUGCAUUAGGACUAGGGCCAAUUCCAUUCAUCGUGUGCGGGGAGAUAUUCAGACAAGCCCCGAGGGCGGCUGCCAUGAGCCUCUCUCUCGCGUUCAACUGGGUCGGAAACUUCACCCUCAUGCUUACAUUUAGAUUUAUUCAGAAAAGUAUUGGUUCCUACACCUACCUUAUCUUCAUCUUUAUUCUCGUCGGGGCCAUCAUCUUCAUCGUGGUGUUCGUGCCGGAGACGAAGAACAAGACGUUCGAUGAAAUAGCUCGGUCAAUAGCCUUUGGGCGGGCAAAGAAUACCGGUGGCUUGGAUGUUCAGGAGGAAGAGGAAAUGCAGCCAAUGGAAGAAAAGCGACGUUAACUGUUUUGUUUUGAUUGCCAGUUUACUGCAUUUCACUUAACGGAGCAGACACAGAAAAAACAAGCAACAAACUUUAAAAAAGCCAUUUUUAAUACCUAAAACCUAAAAUAAAACAAUAAUGUCCAAAGGCCAACUAAAAACAGUAUCCACGACAUUGCUAUACGAAAAAAUACUUGACAAAUAUGAAGGGCAUCGAUUUAUUACUAGUAAUAUUUUUAAUCAUAAUUAACACCGUGACAUUUCUAGAUCUCAUACAGUUUGUUUGUUUGUUUGUUUAUUUACGCAUUUUGUAGGAUAACAAAUUGAAUAGAAAAGUAUACAAAAUUCACAUUUGUAUAUGAAAUGUAUGUUUAUAAGCCGAAAUGAUUACUAUUGUUGGGAUAAUAAACAUAAUAA